UGCCCCCGUUCCCCUUCCAUCUGUCGUCUCCUUCCCCUCUCUCUAUCUCCCCUCGCCUCGCUUCCUCUCUCCCCCGGCGGUGGCUCGGCUGGUUCCUCCCCGCUCCGCCUCUCCUCCUCCUCCUCGCGCGGCGGCCGGCGAGCUUGGCCGCUCCGGCACGCACGGUUCGGGCAGCCUCCACUCCUUCCCGACUCCCGCCCUUCCUCCCGCGCGCGCGCGCGCGCGCCGCGGGCCGGUGUGAACAGGUUUUGGGAGGGGGGCGGCGCGGCGCGGCCGGCCUCGCUCGUUCCGCCGCCGCCGUUGGCGGUUCGGCACCGGAGGACUGAAGGGAGUAUGAGGAGGUGAGCAUUGUAGCUGGAGUGAUUCGGUUGCCGGAAAUGGUGCUGGUGGUGAAGCAGCACCGGUGCAUGCACUCGGCGAGCUGCGUUUGCAUCAAGGGACACCUCAGCGAGGACGCGCUGUUCCUGGUCUUUCGUCACAUGAACUGGAACCCCAGGCUGAUCGCCGUGCUCUCGUGCGUGUGCAAGUGGUUCGACGAGGUCGCGAAGCAGGUGCUCUGGAAGGAGUUCUGCCACGCCAGGGCGCCGAAGAUGAUGCUGGAUUUGCAUUCGGGUGGCAGUCACAUUGUCGACGGGAACUGGAAGGCGCUCGGGAAGCUUCUCAUCUACUGCAAUGGCUGCACAAAAGGGGGCCUCUUUAACAACAUUCAUGUCCCUGGGCACUUUGUGUUCAGGACACGCUUUUCGAGGACCGCGGGCAAGAGUUUCCUGCCCCAGCAGUGUAGGAAUGAUGUCUUAUAUGUCUCAGAUCCAUGCGAGCAUCUUGAUCAAGGGGAUGAAGGUGACUUGGGUUUCUUCCGUGGUAUCUUCAUGUCGUUCGCCACCUCAAAGGUUAAGAAGAUGUUGAUUGAGAAGCGGGCAAGGUUCCAUCCAAGCGAGUCAUGUCCCUACUGUAAGGCUAAGCUGUGGAGCAUGUUGGAAGCAAAUAUGUCGCCGGGGAGUUCUUCUGCCAGGCUUGGUGCUUACGAGGAUUCUGUGGAGUAUUUUGUAUGCCUGAACGGACAUGUCAUUGGAAUUGGUACCCUUCUACCUCUGUCUGAUUCUGAGGAAGUACCAGAGGAGUAGUAAUCAGGAACUUGAAUCAGUAUUCAUGAUCCCUGGACCGACUCUACCUAAUCAGUUGCCACUCUUAUUGCAUUCUUUUAAGGGUUAAUUAGAUCCAUGCCACUGUAACUUUGCCAAAUCAAAAAAAUACCACCACUAUUCGUCAUAUCGGCUACAUGCCACUGAAAAUUUCUAAAAUUGGAACAAUGCCACUGCCGUCCCUUUUUCCAUCCACCUCUCUCACGCCAUCCUCAUCCCGUCCUCAUCCCCUUCCUCCUUUGUUCCAUCGUCCAUCUAUCCAUGGCCGCUGGAGGUUGACGCGAGGGAGGUUGCGAGGAGGUCGGCGCGAUGGUGGCGGUGGAGGAGGAGGCGCGCACGGGCUGCCGUUCCUGGUGCUCGCGCGUACGGCGUUCGGGGUGCGCAGCACGCACUUGCUGGCGGUCAUCAGCGUGCUCAUCGGUUGCGGGUGGUUCGGCAUCGAAUCCUGGAUCGGUGGCCGCGCCGUGUUCCUCCUCCUGCCGUCCAGGCUCAAGUCGUACCAGCCGCUGCUCGCGCCAGUGCCAGGCCUGGGGCUGCGCCGCUGGAGUUCGCGUGCUUCCUCGCUUUCUGGGCCGCGCAGCUCGGCGUCAUCAUGCACGGCAUGGAGGGCAUCAGCAAGCUCGAGAAGUACUUGGACCAUCACGACCAACAUUCCCGCCAACGUGGUGGUGCCGGCAAACGCGCUCGUCAGCUUGAGCCCGCGGAAGUUCACGUUCGCCAAGGUGGCGCUGGUCACUGCGUUGCUCGGCAUCGCCUUCCAGCCAUGGCGGCUGUUCGGCUCCAGCGAGAGCUUCAUCUACACAUGGCCGUUCGAGCUCUCCUCCGGCACCAGCGGCCGCUCGGCUCCCCGGCGACCUAUAACUCUGACGGCCAUGAGGGCAAGGUCGUGCACCUGCAUCGUCGAGGACGGCGGCGGCGGCAGCUCCCGAGACCGAGCUCAUCGUCGAGCACGGCGGCGUCGCCAUGUGCGACGGUGGCGACGCCACGUUGCGCCGGCCGGGCACGUAGCAGCUGCGGCGCGACGGGGGUGGGUGGAUGUCGGCGACCAGGAAGUCACCGUCCUCGUCAUCGUCGUGGAUCUCCAGGGGGAGGAACUCCCUCCUCGUCGCCAUCGUCGUCGUUGUCUCCGGCGAGCUCGAAGGUGGCUUACGGCUGGCGUUGGCCGUCGGCCGCGACUUCCACUCCUCGACGCUCUCUUGCCGCGGUGGAGCACGAGGAGCAAGCCCGGGGGAGGAGGCAGCCGGCGGCGUCGGCCUCCUCGCCGAAGAAGAGGAACGAAUGGUCGGCCGGCGGAUGGGAGGCCGUUGAAGCUCCCGGCGGAUGCGGAGGCCGACCAGGAAGCCGCCGCGCGCUCCCGCACCUCCGCGACCUCCUCCGCUCCCUCCUCCACUCCCCCGCGGGCGUCGCCGUACGUCUUCCUCUCUGACCUCCUCAGCCCUCGAGCGCUCGCUGUGGCCGCCGAGUUCGCAGGAAGAAAGAAGAGGGAAAUAACGUGAUAUGACGCCACAUCUGACGGGGGAAACGAGACGGCGUGAGAUAGGAGAUGGAAAAAGGAACGGCAGUGGCAUGGUUCCAAUUUUAUAAAUUUUCAGUGGCAUGUAGCCGAUAUGAUGAAUAGUAGUGGUAUUUUUUAAAUUUAGCAAAGUUGCAGUGGCAUGGAUCCAAUUAACCCUUCUUUUAAAUGCCAUUAGAACCAUGAAUGCUCUUUAUUAAACCAUAGUUUGAGGAACUUUCAUAUUCAAAAUGAUCCAUGAAGUGGGAUGAUCUUAUCCAUGUCAGCAAUCUUCAAGUUCAUUAAUUAUUGUUUUACAAAGCUGCUAGCUAAGAUAACAAAGCAGAUGUACAAUCUGAAAGUCAAAUGCAGAGCUAUUUACUUUAGUGA